GACAGAGUGUGCUGGAUCAGUGACGUCGGACCGGAGCCGGGUGUCGUCGGCUGGAUCGGCAAGCUGCCAGCCGAGGACGGCGGCAGGGACUGGAUGGUGGGCGUCGAGUUCGACAAUCCGGUCGGCUCCGGGAACGGCUGCUACCGCGGCCACCGCCUGUUCGCCGCCAAGCUGAACCACGCUUCCAUCGUGCCCAUCAACGGCCUGAUGCGCGCCGAGGACCUGGAGCUGCCGGCGCCGGGCGGCCCUGCCGCCUCCUCCGAGAUCGGCGUGCCUGCGACGGCGCUGGUGGAGGGCUCGCGCGGCCGGGCGGCGCCGGCCGCCGCGCCGCGCCGCAACCUGGAGCUGCACACCUCGGAUGAGGAGGAGCUGGCGCCGGCGACCGUGCGCGGCCACGAGUUCACCGACGACCUCCGCCACCUGCCGCCCUUCCACCGCAUGGCGUACGAGCAGCUGGUGGCGGGCAGCGCGCCGCCCAGCCUCGCCCGGCUGGCGGACGAGCGCGACUCUCAGCUGCAGGUGCGUGGCAACGCGCAGACAGUGCCCGCCGGCGACCGGCGCCGCCACCGGCGCAAGGACAAGCUGCUGGCCAGCCCCAGCCCGGACGCAUCGCCUGUCGACGGACUCAGAGACGGCGAGCCGGCCUGGACGGACGCCGAGGUGUCUGUGGGCUCGGCCGUCGAGGUCGACAUUCAGGGCCUGCCGCAGUACGGCGUCGUGCGCUGGGUGGGACGCGUGAAGGGCGACACCAAGCGCCUUCAGGUGGCUGGCGUCGAGAUGGAGGACGACGACACGGUGAGCGGCGGCGACGGCUGCUUCAACGGCGUGCGCUACUUCAGCUGUCAGCCGGGCAAGGCGCUGUUCGUGCCGCUGGCCGACUGCGGCCGGGACAGGCGCUUCCUCGACCUCGGCCAGGAGGCGCCCGACGCCAACGCGUUCGGGAGUGUGGAAUGCCCUGUGAUAACAGGCAAUGUAGCACCGAUCUCAGUGACAUCUACCGAGGAACUAAAGAAGCUCUGCGGCAAGCUGAAAGGCAUCCAGGGCCAUCUGAACUCAUGUUACUUGGACGCCACCCUGUUCUCCAUGUUCGCCUUCACGCCCGUGCUGGACAGCCUGCUGCACCGGCCGAAGCGGCCCGGCGACAUACCCGAGUACAGCGAGGUGCAGCGCCUGCUCAAGGAGGAGAUCGUCAACCCGCUGAGGUCGGCCAUGUACGUGCGCGCCGAUCGGGUGAUGAAGCUGCGGCAGAUGCUGGAGACGCUCAGCUCGGUGCGCGGCCUCACCUCCGAGGAGAAAGACCCGGAGGAGUUCCUGCAGUCGCUGCUGGCGCAGAUGCUGCACGCCGAGCCGUUCCUCAAGUACUCGUCCGGCCAGGAGAGCUACCUGUACCAGCUGAUCGUGGAGCGCGACGACCGGCUCAUCCUGCCCAGCGUGCAGCAGCUCUUCGACCAGAGCUUCAUCAGCGGCGACAUCAAGCUGAAGGAGAUCCCCUCCUGCCUGAUCGUCCAAAUGCCGCGCUUCGGCAAGGACUACAAGAUGUACUCGCGCAUCUUGCCAAGCAUGGUGCUGGACGUGACCGACGUCAUAGAGAACUCGCCGCGGCAGUGUUUCGUGUGCGGCCGGCUGGCCGAGUGGGAGUGCAAGGAGUGCUUCGACCAGGGCGGCCUGGGCCUCAUGACCACGGCCUUCUGCUCCAAGUGCAACGCCACGUCGCACAGCCACCAGAGCCGCGCCUCGCAUGCGCCACGCCACCCGCUGAAGGUGCCGCGCCAAUUCACCGAGCUGCGCGACCACGCGCACAUCCCGCGCAGCUACCUCGAGCUGUUCGCCGUGGUCUGCAUCCACACGUCGCACUACGUCACCUUCACCAAGUCUGGCCACGGCCCGGACGCCUCCUGGGUCUUCUUCGAUUCGAUGGCGGACCGGAAAGGCGAAGCGCACGGCUACAACAUUCCGGAGGUGGUGCGCGUGCCGGACCUGCCGCGCUGGCUGACUGAAGACGGCCGGCGCGGCCUGCUGGCCGUCACCGACGACAAGCGUCUGCCCGAGCACGCGCGCCGCCUCCUCUGCGACGGCUACAUGUGCUUCUACCAGAGCCGUGACGUCAUGAUGUACCGGUAGGGAGACUUGAGGCGAUGCAGUGGAGCGGCAGACGGGUAGAGCUCUGCGACGGCCAUGGAUGAUUCUGUCAAGACUGCGACGUCAUGAUGCACCAGUAAGAAGGCUGGAGGCGGUGCGGUGGAGCGGCAGACCGGUAGAACUCUGCGACGACCGUGGAUGAUUCCGUCAAGGCCGUGACGUCAUGAUGCACCAGCAACAAUGCUGGAGGCGGUACGGUGGAGCGGCAGACCGGUAGAACUCUGCGACGACCGUAGAUGAUUCCGUCAAGACUGUGACGUCCUGAUGCACCAGUAAGAAGACUGGAGGCGGUGCGGUGGGGCGGUAGACCGAUAGAACGGCAGCCGAAGGCGAGUAGAUGGAGCAGUGGAUGUGAUCAAGAGCGCGACAGAGCGGCGGCAGUGGACUGCCGGUAGACCCGCGGGAGUGACGUGGUCCCUCCGAUGAUUGUGUUGUGGCUCUGCCGUUCGGACAGCGGUACCGCCUCGCCGGAAUGGCGGUGAGGUGCCGUGGAGUGUGUUCGGAAGGCUUCGUGGUGCGCCGAAUCAGUCGUGGGUUGACACGGCGGACCAAUCAGGCGGCGAUGUGGUGUUCUGUGAUGACGCCCGGGGCCGUUACGUUACGCCAGUGACAGUGUUCGUAACAGGGAGCAGACCCGACCGGAAAAGUAGUGUGACCCAGCUCCACGUCGUGGCACUGGAAAAUCCGGCGCAUGGGGGAUACCUACGUGAGACGAGGGAGUUAGUUGCAGCGAUUGCAUGAGACGGGAAAGAUGUCGAAGUGAGAUGCGUGAGGUUUAGGUUUUUCGUUCAAGCAGGGUAGAAG